CAAGUAAACGACCACAGUCAAGAGGGCACACAUGAGAAGAAGUACCCUCGGACGGUCUCAUCUGAGUAUCACAACAUCAUGGCGGCCUGGACAGAGGCAACAGAGGGCCGUCUGAUCACAAUGAUCCAGGAGAGACCGCCUCUGUUCGACCUCACGGACAAACUGUACUCCAACCGAGUGGUUAAAAUAGCACUGUGGAGUGAGAUCGUAAAUAAAAUGAUCAUAUCAGAGAAAGAGCUCAAGAAGAAGUGGGAGUCUCUGAGGACCCAGUACACCCGCUACAAGAGACUUCCUCCACCUGGAACUUCUGGAGUCCAAAAGACUGGCAGGCAGCAGUGGAUCCUGACCCGGCUGCAGUUUUUGGAGCCUCAUACAAAGAGGAAGGAGACCGCGUCAAAUCUUGCCAUCAGGGAACAUUCACUGGCUGACUCUGACUCGCCCUCUGACGGCGCCUGCAACGAGAACGGGACCAGUGCCCCUCUAGAGGAUCACUGCGCUCCUCUUGAGGAUCACUGCGCCCCUCUUGAGGAUCCCUGCGCCCCUCUAGAUGAUCCCUGCGCCCCCCUAGAAGAUCCCUGCGCCCCUCUUGAGGAUCCCAGCUCCCCUCUGAAGGAGCCCAGCUUCUGCGACGCUACGACAGGGACAUGCGCUCCCCUGGCAGAGUCCACCGUCUGCAGAGAAGACUCUCAGUCGAAGCCGUUGACGAGCACCUCCAGGUCGGCCCCCUCCAGGCCUCGGGCUAAGAGAAGCAGAAGGAUGCCCUACGAGUCUGCCAGCGAGGAGUCGUCUGACGAGUCUGCCAGUGAGGCGUCGUCUAAAAUAUUACUGCGGACAAUCAGAAAAACCUUAGAGUGUCUAGACUCAAAGAAAGAACCGGAUGAAAUCGCGAUAUACUGCAAGAUGGUCGAGAGCAGAAUGCGGAAGUUGCCUCCACAUGUGCUGCCAUAUUUUCAACAUGAGGUGGACAACAGUCUGUUCAAAUACUCAGUGGAGCAGAGCCAUAUCAAAUCAGAAGUGAAAGAUUGAUAUUCUUUGAUUGUAUAUUCUUUUAUUGUAUAUUCUUUUAUUGUAUAUUAUUGUAUAUAUCUUUUAUACCACUAUAUAACCUUGUUAAAGUGACAAUAAAACACUUUGACUUUGA